UACAGGCCUGUCACUUUCGUCAUCUCACUGCACUUAAACCCCAAAUGCGUGUACAACAUUUACUCCCAUGAGUAAAAUCUGCUCACAAGAGUAUGUGUAAAACCUGAUCACAUGAGUAAAAGCAAACUUGCUCGGUGUGCACAUGAUGCUAAUAAACUAUAUUUGCUGCUUACAGCAUAUCAGAUUGGAUACUAAAGAGGACCAUUUCCAGCAUAUACUAUAUAGAAUGUUUCCAGCAUAUACUAGAUCGGACUAUUUCCAGCAUGUACUAGAUCGGACUAUUUCCAACAUAUACUAGAUCACACCAUUUCCAGCAUAUACAAAAUUGGAAUGUUUUCAGCAAAUACUUGAUCAGACUAUUUUCAGAAUACACAAAAUUGGAUUGUUUCCAGCAUAUACUAGAUCAGACUAUUUGAUGUACUAGACUAUGGUAAUAAAGUGUGGCAAUUCAUUGAAGUAUUAAGAAGAUGUGGUAGACUCAAUACUGGAUUGUGAUCACCCAGUCGCAUACUAGCGACGUCGAUGUCAAAUGCUCAAACACUAGAUAGUGGUUUGGUGAUUGAGGUAUUAGCUUUUGAAAGGUUGAUGCAAUCAACUUAGGAUUUCUAUUAAGUAUUUCAUUGGGAUAUUCACUGAUCAUACUUGAUUGUGGUUGAGAGUUUCUGAUUCACACACUGGAUUGUGGUAACUGAGAUGGGUUGAGGGGAUCAACUUAAGAUGUUUAUCGCGUGCUGAGUGAUCAUAUCUUAUUACGAUGGAUAGUUCCUACCUCUAGAGAGAAAAACGAGCCUACUAACAUGGGUACUACGAGGAAAAAGAAACUCUUUCUCCUGUGUAUUGCCAUAGCAACCUCUCUAAGUGUAUUGAUUUCACAAACAAAGAUAAUGUCAUUAAGAAUAACUAAUACCCGUCGAUCUGCAGCAAGGUAUCAACGCAAUCCUACUGGUAUCCUUAUCGUGGGGUCUGGGUUGUCAGGGGCGGUUUUAGCGCAUCUACACGCCACCAUUCUGAAGCAGAAGGUUCUAGUGAUCGAAAAGAGGGACCACGUUGGCGGCAACUGCUACGACUUCAUCAACGAACACGGAAUACGAGUUUCCAAGUACGGGGCGCAUCUGUUCCACACCAACAACAAGCUCGUAUGGCGCUACUUGUCACAGUUUUCGAAUUGGAUUCCUUACGAACACAGAGUCGUCGGUCGAGUGGAUGACACAUUUGUUCCUAUACCUGUGAACAUAGACACUGUAAACACGCUGUUCAACAAGUCGAUUAAAAACCAACAAGAAAUGUCACAGUGGUUGAAGAAGAAUCAGAUUCACAAUGACCAUCCACAGAAUGGCGAGGAGGCGGCCAAAGCAAGGGUGGGAGAGAUUCUUUAUGAUAAACUCUUUAAACAUUACACCUACAAACAGUGGGAAAAGUUUCCUAAAGACCUCGAUGCAUCGGUUCUACAGCGAAUUCCCGUUCGGGAUAAUUUUGACGAUCGGUACUUUCCUAACGAUAUUUACCAAGCGUUGCCUGGCGACGGAUACACGGCGAUGAUUACCCGGAUGCUGAACCACAGCCUGAUCACCGUGAAGCUUAACUCAGACUUUUUUAAACUACAAAGAAGUAAAAAUAUUAAAAUUGCGAAUUUCCGCAAGACCUUCUUCACUGGUCCUAUAGAUGCUUACUUCGCUUCUUCUGGCCUGGAGAAGCUGGAAUAUAGGUCCAUCAAGUUCGAGACAAUUCACUUAGAUCGGCCAAUUUACCAACCUAACGUUGUCGUGAAUUACCCUCAGGAGCCUGAACAAUUUACCCGAAUCGUUGAGUACAAACAUCUAUACAACCAAGUAGCUAAUGGAACAACAAUAGUGAGAGAAUACUCCUCUGGAACUGGAGACCCUUAUUACCCUGUGCCAAACGAACGCAACAGGAAGCUAUAUGCGAAAUACUCACAGCUGGCUAAAGAGGAACAAAAGAAGAACAGUGUGUAUUUCGUCGGUCGUCUGGCUAGUUACAAAUAUUUCAACAUGGACCAAGCGGUGCUGAACGCCAUCAACGAGUUUACUGGAGUUUAUGCAAAUGUUACUCUUCCCGAAGAGAAACUCUUCACAAAGACUUUGUCCGAAGCUGAAGACAUUUUCAGAAGAGACGAAGGUAAGUCGUCCAUCGCUGUGGUAAUCAGCCAUUGCACAGAGAAUCUGACAUGGAUCUCCGAAGGGUUUGUCCAGCUCUGUGAUACACAUAAGACAAAUAUUUUUAUCUACGAGAAAUGCAACAGUCCCAAACAAGGCUCAGAGUUGGCCCUCAAAUACCCAGAAUGCAACAUUCUGCAGACUGCACUUCCGAAUGUUGGGAGAGAGGGUAACACAUGGUUGUACCACAUGAUGAUGAAACAGUCGACGUUCUCGGAUAUAAACGUCUUCGCGCAGGGCGGAAAGGAAGAGACAACGCAAAACUUCUUGAAAGUCGUCGAACGAAUGAAAUCACUAAAGAAGUUCAAAAACAGAGACAGCAAAUAUUCUGAAGUAGUCAAGCUACAGGACCACUACGUUUCUUUUGGCAGGUCAAUAUGCUUUGAUCUGACACACGAUUUCAUGGGGUGGGAUCGCCAGCGUGUUGAGCACACUGUGUGCGACUACUACUACGACAUCACGAGAACUAGAGACGGCUGUCUGAAGUUUAUGGGUUCUCACAGAGGGGAGUUUGUCGUCACUGACGUCCUGUUACGUCGGAAACUGGCGACGUACCGAAAUCUGAUGACCACGUGGUAUGCUGACCUGUCAGUUGGAAAUGAUCCAAUUCAAGGUCAUUUCCUGGAACGCUUUUGGACACUGUUCUUUAAAUUUCCCAUAUUUGCUAAAUGUUGAAAGACGUCUAUCGUUUGGUGGUGUUUCAUUAAUCAAUAGAGUAAAUGAGUUAAUCAUGCAAAGCAUUACAGACACACACAACCACAAAGAAACACACGUACGUGUAGUCAAGGGGAAUAACUUAACAUUAGGGUAGGUAGCGUUGUACAACGCCACCGUCAGUGACUUUGCGACUUUUAUUAUAUUUGUUAGUCUAUACUUAAAAUAUAUAUAUUAUAUAUACAAUACAUUAUUAUGUUUGCGGUGUGUAGUUAAAAGUAUAGAACAUGAAAUGAAAUUUAUUGAACUUA